GAGGAGGAAGGACAAGAAGCUCAAGAACCAAAAAGAGGGGAGGAAGCGUAUGAGGGAGUUGAAUGUAGGCAGAGUUAGCAUACCCAGCGAGUCCUUCAUCAAGCUGCUCGACCGAUCAUCAUAGAGCCCCCAGCACCAGACAUCACUCAACCCAAAAGAGCACCAUCUGCCUCUACCACACCACUGCUAUCAUUUGUAAUAUAGUCAAAACACCCCACCAAGCCUCCUUUAUCAUCAAUUGCACUGCUGAGCGCAUGUUGGCAGACGCAAGACAUGUUCGCUCAGAUAGUGCUGCAAUCCUUUCGCUUCACACCGUAUUUCCUCACGCGUCUGCUCUCCCCGCGUCCUCCUUCCCUUCCUUCUCUCCCUUCCCAACAAGCACGUCAAGUCUCAAGCUGCCCGUGUUCCCCAGAUCGGUCUGGCGCUCAAUGCAUGCCAUCCUCUACAGAAGCCACUCUGCCUGGCUUGCUCACUUCCCUCGCGCAAGAGCUGAGCAGAGAGCUGCGGGGCAGAGGAUGUAGAGUACGCUUGACGGCGGCAAAGGCAGAGCAGCUUGCACUGGAUCUAGCGCUGGUGCACUUUGGAGUGAGGGUGGCAUGUCUGAUCGAUGCCUUUCUCCCCACAGCCGCCAGCAUAGAGGCCCUGAGUGCCGUACUGGAGCGCUUCUUCCCCAAUGCGCCUACCGCAGAGGGCAGGAGCUGGAUACUAGUGCAGCACGUCCCUUCAGAGCAGCUCUACCUGGUUCACCCUGCACUAGUCGGAGAGCUCAGCGCUGACCUUGUGACCGCAAGAGGAGGAGCGCUAGACGAGGCAUCCCCUGUCAUAUGGCUCGACGCCCGCUCCACUGUACGCGCCGGCACGCGUCUGACGCGUUCACCUUCGCAUCUCACCAGAAGCCUCGACGAGCUUCUGCAACACCUUGACAAGGGCGAAGAGCUCAUUUACCUGGAAGGCCCAGAGGGGCAGCAGGAGGAGAAGACACAGCGGCGCCGAACCCUCGAGGGUGUAUCUCUGGCAGGUCUGCUCCUCGAGUACGGAGGGGUAUACUCCCUCCUGGAGAAGGGCUAGGGGAGCGCAACGUCCUCUCCUUCUCCAUCCCUGUGUGCGCUCUACAUCAUGGCGAGGAGGAGCAGCUGAUGGAAUGGACGAAGGAGAGAACGCGUGGUCGGAUAGUGAGGCUGGUGCAGAGUGACGGAGAGAAGAGCGGUACGAAAGAAGCGAGCAAGGAGUUCCUACAGUGGCU